GCAACGAAAGAUAACGAAAAUGGAGGUGGAGAAUAGUAAAAAGUCGUCGGUAUCGGAUGUUGGGGCUUGGGGGAUGAACAUUGUCAGCUCUGUGGGACUUAUCAUGACCAACAAACAGCUCAUGUCUCCUAGUGGCUUUGGUUUUGGAUUUGCCACAACUUUAACUGGGUUCCAUUUCACUGUGACUGCAUUGGUGGGUUUGGUGUCAAAUGCUGCUGGUUAUUCUGCAUCAAAGCAUGUUCCCUUUUGGGAGCUUCUUUGGUUCUCAAUUGUUGCUAACAUGUCAAUCACUGGGAUGAACUUCAGCCUCAUGCUCAACUCUGUUGGAUUUUAUCAGAUUUCGAAGCUGAGCAUGAUUCCUGUGGUUUGUGUGAUGGAGUGGAUUCUUCACAGCAAACAUUAUUCAAAAGAAGUGAAGAUGGCUGUGGUGGUGGUGGUUGUUGGUGUUGGUGUGUGCACAGUGACUGAUGUUAAGGUUAAUGCCAAGGGAUUCAUCUGUGCCUGUGUGGCUGUCUUGUCCACAUCCUUACAGCAGAUUUCAAUUGGUUCACUACAGAAGAAGUACUCAAUAGGCUCUUUUGAACUGCUCAGCAAGACAGCUCCAAUACAAGCAAUCUCCCUGGUUCUGGCUGGCCCUUUCAUAGACUACAGUCUCAAUGACAAAUUUUUAUUCAACUACAACUUAUCUUAUGGUGCACUUUUCUUCAUCCUGCUCUCAUGCUCCCUAGCAGUCUUCUGCAAUGUAAGCCAGUACCUCUGCAUCGGCCGCUUCUCAGCGGUGUCUUUCCAGGUUUUAGGCCACAUGAAAACUGUCUGUGUCCUGAUGCUGGGGUGGCUACUCUUUGAUUCAGAGCUCACACUGAAAAAUAUACUGGGAAUGAGUGUGGCUGUUGUUGGCAUGGUGGUGUAUAGUUGGGCAGUGGAGGUUGAGAAGAAGAAAGUUAUUGAUUCCAAGGCCAUUUCCCAUGUCAAAAACAUUGUUUCUGAAGAGAAUAUGCAAUUGUUAAAGCAAAGUUCUGGUAUUGAAUCUCAGGUUAAAGAUGUUGAGCUUGGCAAGUUGAGAGGAUAAGUGUAGCUUUGACACUUUUUUUUUUUGGUUUUUAUAAAUUUUUGGUUAUAUUUUUACAUUGCGUAGAAAGAUUUAAGAUGGAUAUA